AUGAAGCUGGACAAUUGCAAGAAGACCAUCGCGGCUCGCCAGAGGUUCCAUAACCGCCAGAAACAGAAGAUUCUUCGCGUCGCCAACUUGCGAAUUGCCACUGCGGCCAAGAGCCGCGCUGGCUUCGAAGACCAGAUGCUCGCCUUGUGCAAGCUCUGGUGCGACUCCGUCCGAACCGUCGAAGACGUCGUCAUGACUGGCUACGACAGUCGUGAUGAAGAACUCUCGGCUCUCACCGCCGGCGAACCUCAGGACGUGGAAAUGACCAACGCCGCCGACGACGAGGACGACAGUGAGGACUCCCUGAUGGCGGAUGUCGGCGACGAAAUGGCUGUCGACGCCGUCAACAACACCACCACUGACGUCGAGAUGGUGAUUUAA